CUGGCCAUCAAUCAGAUGCUUUUGUUAUUCGAGUCUCCUAACGGGUGCAUCAUGCUAUCUUUUCUUUUAUAUUGUUUUAUAAUCCUGUGCUGUGUUCAUCAUCAUGUGACCCUUAAGGAUGAAGAAGCCAUACCCCUCAUCAGCAAGUAUUUCAACACCAAAGGGAGAUAUGAAGAAGUGAACCCAUAUCUCAGACAGGACAUACUCGCUGUGAACAGGUCUAUUUUGCAGCCUCCGUCUUCGCAGUGUCGGGAAAUCCAUCUGACGGCCAUAAUAAGACACGGGACAAGAUACCCAACAGCCAAAAACAUCAAGGAGAUGCAUCAGCUGCACAACAUUGUCCUGAAUAAUUCCAUAGGUGAGCAUAGCUGGCUGCGUGAGAUCCUUACCCAGUGGACGAUGUGGUACAUUGAGGACAUGGACGGUCGACUGGUCCAGAAAGGUGUGGAAGAUCUAAAGCAUCUGGCCAUCAGGCUGACAAGGCUCUUUCCUUCAAUGAUCUCUGAGGAGAAGCUUCGAGGUGGACUCAUCAGGUUUAUAACCAGCUCCAAGGACAGAUGCGUUAAUAGCACACUGUCUUUCAAAGCAGCACUGACAGAGAUGUGGGCCAUCAGAGAUGUGGAGUUUGGCCACGAAGUAAACGAUGCCCUCAUGAGGUUCUUUGAGCAGUGCACCAGGUUUGUCCAGGAAGUAGAUAAAAACCAGUCAGCUGCGAUAGAUGUGCAAAAGUUCAAGCAGGGGCCGGAGAUGAUGAGGGUCCAGGAGAAGAUUGCAGAACAUCUGGGAGUCCCAUCCAGUUUCAUCACAUACGAUUUGGCUGAGGCAGCGUUUUUCUUGUGCACUUACGAAUUUGCUGUCAAGACAAUAAACUCCCCCUGGUGUCAGCUCUUUGAUGAGGAUGAUGCAAAGAUUAUAGAGUAUGCAAGCGACCUCAUGGAGUUCUGGAAAAGAGGCUACGGUCAUGACAUUAACAGCAAGUCAAGCUGCAUCCUCUUCCAUGACCUGUUCAGUCGACUGGACAAGUCAGCCAACGAGAACAAAUUACAUCAGCAGGUCAGUGAAGCGGUGACUGUCCAGAUUGGGCACGCCGACACCCUUCUGCCAUUACUCACCCUGCUUGGCUUUUUUAAGGACACAGUCCCCCUGACAUCAACCAACUACGCCUCACAGACUCAACGCUCUUUCCGCACCAGCCACAUGAUGCCUUAUGCUGCCAAUUUCCUUCUUGUGUUGUAUGACUGUGGAGAAGGAGGCAUCAGACUUCAGCCUCUGCUAAACGAGAAACCUCUGACCUUCCCUGGUCUGACUGACCAGCAGGUCUCCAUGCCGCUCUAUGAAGAUGUCCGAAAGCACUACAGAGACCUGCUCAAUGGGUGUGACUUUGAGACUGAAUGCCAACUGUUCAACAAUCCUGAUGAAGUUUAGGACUUAAAUGUACAGCCUUUAUUUCAUUUGAAUAAAAAAAGUAAAAUUA